AUGACGUCAGGCAGUAACAACUCAUCAAGCGAAUCAUACCUCAAGUACAACUGGAUUGACGGCGCCGAGUCUCUCGAAAAAUAUAGACCCGGAGGCUACCAUCCCGUCAUGGUAGGGGAUCUACUACAUGACCGAUAUCGCAUCGUCGACAAGCUCGGAUACGGGGGAUACUCGACCGUAUGGCUCGCCCGCGACACCCACCUGAAACGCUACGUCGCUGUCAAAGUAGGCAUAGCAAAUUCCCUUCCGCAUGAAACUAAGAUCUUGCGGGCUCUUUCGGAGCCCACUUCAGUGCCAUCGUCUGUUCGCGCGGGCCUCGACUCCAUCCCAGUACCGUUAGAUGAAUUCGAGGUGACUGGUCCCAACGGGACGCAUCCAUGCUAUACAACGACACCCGCACGACGCAACCUCAGAGAAGUCUCUUUCAGCCGUCUUUUCCCCCUUGACGUUGCUCGUGCGUUAUCGGGGGGCCUUAUACUAGCUGUCGCUUAUAUGCACUCCCAAGGCUAUGUUCACGGAGAUAUCCAUCUUCGUAACAUCUUGGUGAAGCUACCAGCAAGCUUCGACAGUCCCUCUACUGAGGAAUUCUACGAGCAAUAUGGAAAGCCCGAGACGGUGCCAGUCACACAGCGCAAUGGAGGCUCACUUCCACCCCAUGAAUUCACAUCGCAAGACGCCCCCGUUCUUUUGAGCGAUUUCGGAGAGGCGUUUUCCCCAGUCUCAUCCCCUCGCUCUGGAGAGUAUUGCCACACCCCUGUGCCUUACUGCCCACCCGAGGCUCUGUUUGAGCCCCAGGCGCCUCUGUCGUACCCUGCGGACAUUUGGAGUUUAGCUACUGCUGUGUGGGAGAUUCUGGGCAUGAAGGCUAUUUUCAGCACCGAGGCGCCAGAGGAUGAAGUCACGUCUCAGCAGAUUGAUGUUCUUGGGCCUAUGCCGCAGACGUGGUAUAGUGCAUGGGAAGAGCGGAGCUAUUUCUUUGACGAAGAUGGGCGUCCAGUGGAAGGCCGCGAGGUAUGGCCUGUUUUGGACCUAGCAUUUGAGCAGGGAGUGAGGGAUUAUCGACGGCAGGGUGGAGUAGGGGAUUUUGGUGAUGAUGAGACUGCUGCCAUUUUGGAGCUGAUGCGGGGGAUGUUGAGAUUCAAGCCGGAAGAGAGACUGACCAUUGAAGAGGUGUUGCAGUCGGAAUGGAUAUUGAAGUGGGUGAUGCCUGAUUAUGAUCAUAGUUUGCAAGCAUUUACAUAA